AUGGCCAGUUUAUCAGGAAGCGAGAUACAUAAAUCAGAGCUCUCACCUCUGCUCGGCGGCAUGGGGUCAGACCAGGAAUACGCGUCCGCGUCUCGCAAGGGAGUGACGGUGGACGAGACCUUUUCAGACGGACAAAACUCCACGGUGCUCGAGAAGAAGAAGGCGCCAUGGUGGUCGUACAUCUGGGACUAUGAGCCAGAUCGGACGCAGGAGGAGCGCGUAUUCAUCCAGAAACUCGAUGUCUUUUUGAUAACAAUGCUGAGUUUCGGCUACUUUAUCAAAAACCUCGACCAGACAAACAUCAGUAACGCGUUCGUCAGCGGCAUGAAAGAGGACCUUGCCAUGAACGGAAACGAGCUCAACCUCAUUGACACGGCGUGGACCGUCGGCUACGUCGUGGGCCAGAUCCCCUCGCAAAUCAUCCUCACCAAAGUCCGCCCGUCCAUCUGGGUGCCCUCGUGCGAGCUCCUCUGGACCGUCUUGACCUUUUGUCUGGCAGCGGCAAAGACCUCGAAUCACGUUAUCGCCAUUCGCUUCUUCGUGGGCUUGGCCGAGUCCAUCUUCUACCCGGCCGCUCACACCAUCCUGGGCUCCUGGUAUAAGCCGUCUGAGCUGGGCAAGCGAGCCUGCAUCUUCCACGCCUCUUCCGCUGCGGCGGGCAUGUUCUCGGGGUACCUGCAAGCCGGUGUCUACAAGGGCCUCAACGGCGUUCACGGGCUGACAGGUUGGAAAUGGCUAUUUAUUAUGGAUGGAAUCAUCAGUCUGCCAAUUUGCAUCGCUGGGUACUUUUUCCUACCCGAUCUCCCAGAGAAUACGCGUGCAUUCUACUUGACUGAAGAUGAUCGUGAGCUGGCCCGUAAGCGAAUGGAGAGCGUUGGCCGUGCUCCGCGAACCAAAUUGGGCCGCUCUGCCUUUAAGCGCAUCUUUGGUCGCUGGCAUGUCUACUUUUUGACCAUUCUUUACAUCAUCUUCAUCAACAUUGGUCCUUCCAGCAGUGUUAAUCCCUUUUCUCUCUGGCUCAAAUCCAAGGGCGAGUCCGUGGAGAAGAUUAAUAUCAUUCCUACAGCGGCUUCGGCCAUUCAACUAGUUCUCACGGUUUCGUUCGCCAUUCUCUCUGACGCGAUCCGCCAUCGUGCCAGCGUCAUGUCGAUAUCCACCUUCCUUGGCGGUUUCGCCGCCUUGAUUCUCGCCAUCUGGAACGUCCCAGACGGGCUCAAGUGGUUCGCGUUCCUCUUACAGCGUGCCUCGGUCCCGUACGGCCCACUCAGCAUGAGUUGGACCAACGAGAUUUGCGGUGCCGACGCCGAGGAACGUGCCAUUGUGAUAGGAAUCAUGAACUCGCUGGGCUACGCCUUCAACGCCUGGGUGCCGAUCUUGACGUACCCCCAAGUUGACUCGCCAAAGUUUACAAAGGGCUUCAUCUUCUCGACUGUCGCCUUUGGUGCCCAAGCCGUAAUCACGGCGAUUGUGGCUUACUUGUAUAAGCGAGACAAGAAAAAGGAAGGAAUCACGAAACGAGAUGAGGAAGGCGUCACGGCACCGGCCUCCGUCCCUAAUGUAGACUAG